AUGGACAUCAGAAAGUAUUUUGGAAGUUUGAAACGAAAAAAAACUGAUGGAUCAAGUAGCGACAGCGAUGAACAGGACAAAUUAACGACAAUAUCGCAUGUGUCUUCAUCGAUCACCACAACCACAACAGGUUAUAUUCAGUCGCAGGAACUACCUAGACCAAGUACCUCUAGAUAUCUGGCUCUGGCGCCGAAUCCUGAUUCAUUGAUGGAUGAGGAUGACUGCAAUGAAUAUGAUAUCGGGCGAUAUGUUGGACGGGCAAACAUGUUAUCAACAGAAAAGAAGAAGGAAUUGAUUGAAAACUGUUGGUCUCCUUCCGCGACCUAUGACUUUGCGAAAGAUGCAAAACAUUUAAAGAGAAAAUUUAAUUAUUCUUGGUUGGAAACAUACUCUCCAUGGUUGGUAUAUUCCAGGCGUCAAAAAGGAGCAUUUUGUAAAUAUUGUACGUUGUUCCCACCAAAUCCAAAUUCAUUUAGAGGCAUAUUGGGAUCUUUUAUUAUAAGGCCCUUUUGUAAAUUCAAAGAUAUUCACGAGCAGUGCAAAAAGCACAUUGAAACAAAAUUCCAUAAGGAGGCAUUGAAAGCUGCUAAAUCUUUUCUCGAAGGUGUGCCUGUCGAUGUGCAACUGAACAAAUAUUCCCAGGCAAUAAUUGAAGAAAAUCGCAAAAUUAUAAAAUCUAUUAUUUCCUGCAUUACGUUCUGCGGGUCACACGACUUAGCACUGAGAGGUAAACAUUAUGGUGAAGGUAUUCUCGAGGAUUUAUACAGGCUGCGAAUUGACGCGGGAGAUUUGAUUUUAAAGAAACACAAUGAGCAAGGGAAAAAGAAUGCAAGCUACCGUUCAGUGGAAAUUCAAAAUGAAAUAAUUGGUAUUUGUGGAAGCGUUAUUAAGGCUGAUAUUAUGAAAAAAGUGAAAGAAGCAGCAGCAUAUAGUGUGCUAGCAGACGAAACAGCUGAUAUUUCUGGCACUGAACAACUAUCGAUUGGGAUGCGAUAUUUUGAUGAAGAAACACAGGAAGUCCAAGAAAUGUUUAUCGGAUUCAUUGAGCUAAAAGAUUUGGAUGCGAAAUCGAUUGCACAUAGGAUAGAUGAGUUUUUGACAAAAGAAGAUCUGAAUAUAAAUAAAUGCGUUGGUUUUGGUUUUGAUGGAUGCUCAACGAUGUCAGGAAAAGAAGGAGGGGUACAAGCGAUCUUACGCAAAAAGUACACCAAAGCCCUCUACUUUCAUUGCUCAUCCCACAAACUGAAUCUAGUGAUCAAUGAUCUGAACUCACUUCCUGAAAUUAGAAAUGCCAUGGGAACCACCAAAGAUACUAUUAACUUUUUUCGAGAAUCAGUUUUGAGAAGGAAGUUAAUACCUAAUAUUUCCAGACUUUGUGAGACAAGAUGGAGUGAGAAACACAAAACCAUCAGAGUUUUUAAAGAAAAUCUUCCAGCAAUUCUGGAAGCCUUACAAACAUUAUCACAGGAAGGAAAUAGUGCAACUCGAAAAAGUGCAUUCCAACUGCAUGCGGCUACUUCCAGAAUUUCUUUUAUUCUCGGGAUUAUGUUGGUAGCCAAAUACUCGGCUUUGAUGGAACCCGUUGUCAACGUACUCCAAUCUGUAGCUUUGGACGUGGUCAAAGCCUCGGAACACAUUAAAAGGAUCUUACUUUUAAUUAAAAACCAUCGUGAAAAUCCGGAAAAAGUGACAAACGAAAUUAUAAAGGAAGCUACUGCUGUUGCGGAGAAAGUCGGACUGGAGGAGGACAUUACAUCAGUGCCGCGUAUUACUGGGAAACAACGUCAUAGAAGCAAUCAUCCAGCAGAAAGCCCUUCAGAAUACUGGAAGAGGUCUUUGGUAAUACCAUACUUAGAUUCAAUUAUCACCUCCCUUGAAGUACGUUUUGCUGAAGAAAACACGUCAUCAUUCGCAUUAUCUAAGUUACACCCGGCGCAGAUGCAAAAGAUGACAACUGAAAAUUUGAAACGAACUUGUGAAUCUAUUGCCCAGUUUUAUGAUUUACCGAACAUAAAGAAUGAAAUCGAACUUUGGCAGCAAUUGUGGCACGACAGGCUCAAUCUGACAGAUCUAACAGUUGUUGAUGUCCUAAAAGAAACAAAUUCCUUCUUUCCCGAAACGGAAAGAGCAUUAAAAAUUUUGAUCGCUUUACCAUGCACGACCUGUACAGUAGAGCGAUCCUUUAGCAGCCUCAGAAGACUAAAAACAUGGCUAAGAAGCACCAUGGCAGAAGAUCGUCUUAAUGGUCUGGCCAUGAUGAGCGUACACAGAGCUAUAAUAAAUAAAAACCUAAAUAAUUUUUAUGAUAAAGUGGUUGAAAGUUUCGCAAAAAAUCCCCGCAGGUUAUGUUUUAAUUAA